UCACAACCCUAACCUAACAUUACUAGUACAAUGAAAAGGGUGAGCAAUAUUGGUGGUUUCCAGUCGUGCAGUUUUGAGCCAGAUACCAGUGCAGAUAAGGAAAAUGAAGACGCACAUGGAUGCAAUUGUCUACAAGAAUGUAGCGGAGCAGGGAACCCGUGGCCCACCCUUUAACCUUGUUUCCACCAAGCAAUCUGGUACGGGAUGAGUAGUACGGGACUGACCAGUUAAUUCUGGCAAGUGUUUCCACUCAGCUAAGCUUCACUUCAACUGAGCGGUCUGUUUUCAAGGCACAUGCGUGGUGUAAACCGCUAGCGUGUCAUUGCGUCAUUGUAGUGCGACGACUAGAAAAGAAUACCGCCUUAAAGAGUAAAACAGUAACGCUAGCUUAGCACUACUGGUGCUUUUUUAAUGUCGUCAUCACUUUCUACCAAUCAGCGGGUGGCUACAGUGACUCUGCCCCAAUCGUCUAUUUUUCUGUGGACCUACAAUGGAUGGGGCCCCUCAAGAGGUAUGGGUCAGAACUAUUUGAUGGGUCCAUUUAACAAUGGAAACACUCAAAAUAUAGGAUCGAACCGGAUCGUACCGUACCAGACUGCUCAGUGGAAAGAAGGCUAUUGUGUUCAAAAAUCAGAUUUUUUUCUUCUGCUCCUGAUUCACAAUGAUUUGAAUACAGAAACAGAAACCCAGUUUUAAUCCUAAUUUUCUUUAUGCCGUCCAAUAUGAGAAAAAUACCACAAGAACAUGUUAAAAGCACCAAAGACUCAAUUUUCAUAGUGGUUCUUUUAUCAGUUUUUUAAAGCACACUUUUAAAAACGUUUAAGAAAGAGUUUUAUUUAGUUAUUCUACCUCUAGACUUUAAAAAAUACAUUUCAUGCCACAAACAGGGGAAAUACCCUAGAAUAUUUUUAUUUUAUGAAUACAAGACAUCUAUCACAAUCGAUUGUUUGUGGGUAUUUCUGUUACCUUUCAGUGUAUAAACAAACCACCCAACAAUAAAAGAUGAGAAUAAAAGGUGUCCCCCCUUUUUAUUUUCUUACUUCUGCCCAUGCCCUUGUAAAAUAUUUGAACGCCCCUUGAUCUUAGUUAAAUCUUUUCAUUUACUUCCUCAACCAACAUUUCAAUUUUAAACCAACAAUUUAAAUAAUGAAUGUUAAAUGUCUUGACUAAAAGAAGUUAUCGAAGCCCUGCAUAACUGGGGGCUGAGCGCUUACAAAUCCGCUGUGGCAACAGGGGAAAAAGGCAAGAAAAAAAAAAGAAAAGAAAAGAAAGAAAAAAACCAUUUGACAACAUGGCGCACUUUCCUUGAGCAAAGUUUCCUCUGAAGGGCAAACAGCUGCAACAUUUUUAUUUCUUAUUUUGAGGGGAUUUUCCCUACAGUUGGAGGCACUUUCGCCACGAAGUGAACUUAUUAGAAGGUCGGAUUUGGAAACCGUCUCGCGCUCUCAAAGCCUGGUCGGGCUGUGAUGGGAUGAAAGCGAUAACCCGUGGCGCAAACCAACGAGUCAGACGGGAUGGAGAAACAACCGACUCUGAAAGAAAAGCUUUCCAUCUUCAGUUCUCGGACUGCAGGCAGGCCCGCAAGGUGUCUGGCUGCGGACAGCAUGGCCGGCGGUAGCCUCAGCAAGGCGGAGUUCAUGGAUAAGGUGCAGCAGAGCAAUGAGGCGUGCCAGCGUGGGGACUUUCAGGCCGCCGUCCGCUUGUACAGCGAGGCUCUGCAGGCCGACCCGCAAAACUGCAUCCUGUUCAGCAAUCGGUCGGCUGCUUUUCUCAAACUUGGGGAACACCAGGCGGCUCUUGAUGAUGCUGAAAGAGCUUGUGAACUCAAUCCCAAGUGGCCAAAAGUAAGUCUCCGUCUAAAGCUAACAUUCGCUGCGCUUGUGCUGCUCGGAGCUGUGUGAGAUAAAAAUGAUUCCCUUUUAUGCUAAAUUGCCGCACUUACAGAGAGUCACUGCCAAGAAUGAUAAAUCUUUGGGAUAGAUCUGACUUUAGAGCUUUGAUGUCUCUUUCAGUGCAACUUUGAACUUCGCAAAUGCUGGACUGGAUAGACUGAAAUGAGGACAAGCUAGAGAAAUCAAGUUACUUUUGUCUUCCAUGAAGGGUUUUACCUAUUUUGUAACAAAAUCUGAGAAAACAGGAUUUUACCUUAACAUGUUUGACCGUUGGGCUGUAAGCCUCCACAGAAGGUCAUGGUGUGCCACCAUUGAGUGUUUAUGAUGGAAGUCACUAAAAUCAAGCAACAUUCUUACAUUAGACUGAGGUCUAGCCUUUUCUCUCUAUUUAUUUACAAGAGGAUUGUGUUUUGUCCUUAAGUCAUUGAUCCAAUCUUCAAUUGUAUUGUUGUUAAAGACCCACUCUGAUGUAAACCAUAUUUUGGGUGUUUUAACAUG